CAACGCCGGAUACUGGCCGAGAUUCAGUCGCUGCUUCAGCUGCAGCGCGGCUUCGCGUCCGCGGACUCCAAGUGGGGCAUCACCAACGACCGCAUCACGGCGCGCGUCGUCAACGUGGUGGAUGACGACGGCAACAUGCGCACCGACGUGCCGCUGCGCCAGGCCAUCCAGGAGGCGCGGGGCCUGAGCGUGGACCUGGUGCAGGUAUCGCCCAGCGGCAAGCUGCCGGCGGUCUGCAGAUUCUUCGACGCCAAGAAGCGGCUGUACGAGCUCAAGAAGGCCAGCAAGAAGGCCUCCAAGCAGCAGAAGCCCAAGCCCGACAAGGAGGUUGUGGUCGGAGCCAAGAUCGCCCCGAACGACCUGAAGAACAAGGUGGACCAGUUGAAGCGGUUCCUGAACAAGGGCCACAAGGUGAAGGUGACGAUCAAGUUCGACCAGGCCUACCACCUCAAGCAGCAGUCGCUCGAGCAGCUGGAGCGCAUCGGAGACCUUAUUGACGCCGAGACAGGAGUGCUGAGCGGCCAGCCCAAGGAGCAGUUCGGCGGCGUCUACGUGUACUACUCGCCGGCCAACUAA